AUGAAGCCCCGAUGGAGUCUAGACACUGAUGGUGGCGUGAAGAGCCCGAAGACCAAUGCCAAAGGCCGCCGGGAGAGGCCAGUCGGAAGAGGACCCAGGAGCCGUGAGGAGCGAAGACCGGAGGAGCAGGGGAGGAGGAGGGUGGUGCUCAAACGGAGAGGAGGAGAGGGACGCAAACGUCAUCCCUGUCAACACUGUGACAAAUCCUUCACGUCUGGACAUUUAAAGAUUCAUCAGAGAGUUCACACUGGAGAAAAGCCUUACAGCUGUGAUCUAUGUGGUAAAACCUUUUCUGAGAAUGGUCACCUUAAAUCUCACCACCAGCGCGUUCACACUGGAGAGAAGCCGUACUGGUGUGAACAAUGUGGAAAAACUUUUUCUGAUAAUGGUGACCUUAAAAAACACCAGCGUGUUCACACAGGAGAGAAGCCGUACUGCUGUGAACAAUGUGGGAAAACCUUUUCUCAGCGUGGUAACCUAGAAAUCCACAGACGUGUUCACACUGGAGAUAAACCGUACAGCUGUGAACAAUGCGGGGCAGCAUUCACAACGUUGAGUAACUUUAAACUCCACCGACGUGUUCACACUGGAGAGAAGCCGUACUGGUGUGAACAAUGUGGGAAAACUUUUUCUGAUAGUGGGGCCCUAACAAGUCAUCGACGCAUUCACACUGGAGAGAAGCCGUACUGGUGUGAACAAUGUGGGAAAAUGUUUUCUCAGAGUAGUCACCUUAAAUCUCACCAGCGCAUUCACACUGCCUCAUUGUGAACAUGUUUCCGAGCCAAGCUGCUUCCUCCUGCCUCCUCCUCAUGCCCUGAUAGCUGUGUUGUUAUUUUCUGAUCUUCUCUCCACAUUGAAGGCUGACCAGCAGUAAUUUUAUCUUCUGAACGGCAUGGAUGGAUAGAUGGAUGGAUAGAUAGAUAGAUAGAUAGAUAGAUAGAUAGAUAGAUAGAUAGAUAGAUAGAUA